UACUGUCUGUUACAUUUACAAUGUCGCUCUCUCUGCUGCUGCUGCUGCUGCUUGCAUGCAGCUCCCAUGCGUCUCAUUUCUUUGGGACAGUGAUGACCUAUUCCCCAAAAACGACUAACAACGAUGGAUCUAUCACGGUGGUCAUUCGCUAUAAGAUGAACUUCCACUCAUGCAGUGAUUCUGCCUCGUGGACCUGCUCCAUUGGGAAUUCUUGUGGGAAUGAGAGUCCUCUCGAGCUGAACAAGGUCUACAUGGAGAGCAGUGGAGAGUGGUGUCAGACAGAGGGAAUCAUGACUCGGCAGGUUCCCAGCAACGCUCCAUUUCAGCUUAUCUUAGACGGUUUUAACUGGAUAGACUUCAUCAGGAAUGGCAUCUCAGCGUGGAGAGCUGUGACUCUGGUGGAACUGAGGAACCGGUCGGACACCGGCCAAGCCAACAGAUCACCCCAGACAACCAUACUGCCAGCUGUGAGGGUUCCUUCAAACUGUCAGAGAGAUUUCAACCUGUUGGCGUUUGACCCUGACGGAGACGAGGUGAGAUGCAGAUAUGGAAACACAUCACUGUCGGAGUGUAACCCCUGCACGCCGCCCUCCGUUCUCAACCUCUCGUCAUCUUGUUCGUUGUCAUUCAGCCCCAGCAGUAGCAGUGAUCAAGGCCCAUAUGCCGUGCAGCUGGUGAUGGAGGACUUUCCCAGGCAGACUAUCACCUUGAUUCAAGCUGACUCUCUCUGGGAGAGAACUACCAUCAUCGCACUCAGCAAACUACCUGUCCAGUUUGUUUUAAAAGUGGACCCUGAGGUGCCAUCCUGCACGGAGGGACUCUAUCUGCCCAAAUUCCUGCCUCCAACCCCAGCCAACAGAGCUCAGCUGUAUACCUCUGUCAAUCAGACCCUGGAAAUCAACAUCAGUGCAGAGGCAAAUGUCUCCACGAUCUCUGAGCUGCUGUUCAGUGGGCCGUACAACGUAAACCAGACUACAUCAGGAACAGGAAGGUUCAUCCUGAGGUGGACGCCGUCUAAGGGAGAAGAUGGAGAAAGCCACCCCAUCUGCUUUGUCGUCCAAGCUGUUCUCAAUUCAACAAAGUAUCACUCGGAGCUCCGUUGUCUCAUUGUAAGCGUUGGAAACGAACCAUCAUCAAAUGCAACUGCAACCCCACAAGUUCCAACCACUAGUCCAGCAACUACUAUGAAAACCCCAGCAGCAUCCAAUCAGAGCGUCGUAGGUCUGAGAGUGAGAAUUUCCUCUUUGUCUCCGAUGUCUGAUGACAACAUCAGGAACAUCGUCAUCCAGCAGCUUAAAGAUGAACUGGAGAGACGAGGGAUCCCAUUAAACUUCACUCUGGGCUCUGUGGGGAGGGUGUGAGUGGGAGUUACAACCCACAGUGACCCGCUGGUUCAACGUGAUCAUUUAGGGACUCCUCACUGCCUGGACAAUUUUGUUUUCAAUUGCCUGCCGGAGUUUAAAAAUGAUGAUGUCAGCUUUUCCACUGCAGAAAAUAUACAUUUUAAUUACAGUUGAUCAUCACGCUUCAUUUUAUAGGGGAAAAGGUGCAUAAAAAAACUUGUGCAGGUCACAAGUUUUCAGAUUUAGAGUAAUAGUACAGUAUAGUACAAUAUACGUUUACUUGAAGGGAUAUACAUAAGAGUGACAUAACACUGUCAUGAACAUGUCAUAAACAUUAUUAACAAGUAAAC